UGCCGGUUUGAGGGGGGAGCAGGCCUCCACUGUAACCACAAAGAGAAAGUAAUGCUGUAUGUAUGACAGGGAUAAGUCAGAUGGGAGCAGUUAAAAAGAAAACAGGAAGAAAAUAGGAGAAGAAGUAAAAAUAUUUGCAGGGAGCUCAUAGAGAGAUUUUAUAUUUUGAUUGAAACACCCAACAGUGGACGGUUUAAACAGACAUGAAUAAUCGCUCUAUCGCCUGGUGGCUGAGACAGAUUGAACUGCCACAGUAUACCAAGACUCUAGAGAGUGAAUAUUAUGGUCUAGAGGGUUUGCUGUAUGUUACGGAUGGAGAGCUGAAGGAUGCUGGGAUAGAAGAUGCAGCACACAGAGAAACAAUCCUCGCUCAGCUUUCAAAGGAUCGACACAAACUGGACCCGCUUUCUGCUUCCUGUUUGCCAGACAGAUAUGAGAGUGAUUAUCAGGUUGUGAAGCGCAGAGUCAGUCGAAAAUAUUCCCUGGGAUCAUCUGAUGCGCCAAAGGAUCUGUUCCGUCAGAGCGUUCUCCCUCGUCUCCAACGCGCCGACAAGAAACACCGGUUGUCCUCUUCCUGCUCACAGCUUCGCCCUCUGGACGAGGACAACACUCUCAGUCACGAGGGCAAACACAGCAAGAGGAAGAGUAUCAGUGCCUACUUCAGCCAUCUAAAGAUGUUCGGUGGUAGAAAGGAGAUGGAUCUCCUGAAAAAGGAGCUAGAAGAGGAGUUAAAGCUGAGCAGUGAGGAUGUGAGGAGUCAUGCAUGGUACCAUGGACCGCUGACCCGCGAGGCUUCAGAAUCCCUGUUUGAGAGGGAUGGAGACUUCCUGGUCAGAGACUCAAGCUCCUCUCCUGGAGACUAUGUCCUAAGCUGCUUGUGGAAGAAUAGUCCACAGCACUUCAAGAUCAUAAAAGUUGUUCUUCGAAAGGGUAACCCCCGGGAGUUGUUCCAGUUUGAGGAAGAACGAUUCCCCAAUAUUCCUGCCCUGAUCAGGAUUUAUGUGGGCGGGCGUCGGCCCAUCUCUCAGGCUUCGGGGGCCAUCAUCUUCCACCCGAUCAAUCGAAGUCUUCCUUUGCGUGUCAUCAGUGAACGCAACUUGGAGCUGAAAAACAACAGCGCUAUAAGCAGAAGAGAAAAUCGGUCUGGGAGCAACAAAAGACGCAGCCUGAGCUCCUCCCAUAAGGACAUGCUGCUGCUCAUCAAUCCCCUACUAAGGAGUGGAAGUCAGCCUGCUAACCUGGAGAAUGUUGGACGGAGGCCUUCACUUCAGUCUGCACAGUCUGACAGCAAUCUACGGACAGGGCCUCCAGAGACCACCCAGCCAGAAGACACAGCCCCAGAUCAAAUUUCUCCUGUGUUUCGCACAGGCAGUGAACCCCUGCUGAGCCCCAGACCACAUAAAACACUUCCUUUCCAUCCAGGUGGCGGUGCUACUUUGCGAGGUUCAGACGGGCAGCUGCAUCCAAGAGCUCCUCCUAAACCCCUCAGAGUCUCAACUGUUUUUGCAAGUGCAACUCCUCCUCCUCCUAAAGACCUAGAUGAAGACCCCUCAUCAUGCUACAGCGAGCUCAAUAUACAGAUCCCUCAGUCUCAGAAGAAAGGCCAUGUGGACCGGCUGCGUGCAGAGGAGAAGUGGCAGAGCCGUGCUCGCAUUACAGAAACUUCCUUUGGAUUUUUGGAGGAAGAGAACAAGGAAGAAUCCUCACAGCUGCAGUUUGAGAAAGAGCUUCUGAGGAAAGCAGCAGAGGAAGAAAGAGACUGGCAUUUCGAAAGGCCUCAGAUAGAAACAUCGUCCUGUUUCCAGUUGGACCAGUUCAAGUCGCUGCUCUUGCCCGACCACAACAGACCUCUGGAGUCGAACAUUCUCCUCACAGUCAAAGAGCUCUUUAGUGGUUCAGAUGCCAAAACUCUCGCUCUUCAUAUGCUAAGUGUUGACUGUCAGGUUGCACGCAUUGUUGGUGUGACUGAUGAGCAGAAAAAGAUUAUGGGAGUAAAUUCAGGACUGGAGCUUGUUACUCUGCCACAUGGACAUCAAUUACGACAGGAUUUGUUGGAAAGGCAUCAUCUGAUAACCCUUGGUGUGGCAGUAGACAUACUGGGUUGCACGGGUACAGUUAACCAGAGAGCAACUGUUUUACACAAAGUUAUCAUGUUGGCUCAGGCUCUGAAAGAAAAUGUGCACAACCUCUUCUCCUUCUCAGCCGUUAUGAAGGCUCUGGAGAUGUCUCAGAUUGUGCGGCUGGAGAUGACGUGGCGAGCACUGAGGAGGAGCCAUACAGAGAGUGCAGUUUUGUAUGAGAAGAAACUCAAACCCUUCAUGAAGUCCUUGAAUGAGGGAGAUGAUUCUGUAGUCGAGGGUCCCAUUGCUGUGCCACACCUGGUUCCUCUUCUCAUGGUGAUGGAGGGUGAGGACCCAGUGGAAAACAGUGAGAGGGGCUGUCAGGCAUUGUACGACGUCCUUCAGUCAGCUCGCAGUGCCGCCUUACACUCCCAAUAUUACCAAAAACACGCACAGUCCCUACUGACAGGCUGGCAGCCGGUCCCUGAGCUGCUGGAGGCUUUCCGUACAGAGUUCGCCUUGCGGUUGUUCUGGGGUCAACAUGGAGCGGGGGCGGACAAAAAGGAGCGAUAUGAGAAGUUCGACAAGAUCCUUUGUGUUCUCUCGGAUAAACUGGAACCUGUUGAGGUCACUCCACAACAGUCAUAACUCCAAGAGGUAGCUGGCAGACAAACCUCCUCCUUAGCAGAAAAAGGACAGACAUUGUUUUAACUGAGCCUUGAUUUCUUCAGAAACAAAUAUCUGUGUUAUAAGAUCUUAACUUUAUGAGAUGAGAGACUCUUUGUAAGGUUUUUCACGUGACU